AUGAAUGACAUCCUUGGGGCUGCCAUGGAUAAGAAUGGAGAUGAACAGUUCAAUGGAGAGGUAUUGUGCAGCAUUGUCAUCCAGGGUAUGGACAUCCCCACCCAGAACGGAGAGCUUUGGAUCCUGGGGGACGUCUUUAUCCGACAGUACUACUCCAUUUUUGACAGGGACAACAACAGAUCAAUGUACUAUGGAAUAAUCACCAUUGGGACUCCACCUCAAAGCUUCAAGGUGCUCUUUGAUACAGGCUCCUCAAACCUCUGGCUCCCAUCCAUAAACUGCCAGAGCCCUGCCUGCACAAACCACGCCACCUUUGCUCCAAAUGCAUCCUCUACCUUCCAAGCAACCAACAGGGUGUUUUACAUUGUGUAUAGUUCAGGCAGCAUGCAUGGCACUCUAGGUUAUGACACUGUAAAGGUGGCUGACAUUGUAGUGCCUAAGCAGGAGUUCGGGCUGAGUGUAUCAGAACCCGGAAAUGCAUUUUAUUACGCCCCCUUCGAUGGGAUCGUUGGGUUGGCUUACCCUUCCAUUGCAUCAGGUAAAGCUACCCCCCUCUUUGACAACAUGAUGAGCCAACACCUGGUGUCCCAGGACCUCUUCUCCUUCUAUCUAAACAGAAUCCCCUCUACCGGCCCCCAGGCUGUACUGACCUUCGGUGGGAUUGACCCUUCCUAUUACACUGGAGCGAUCCAAUGGGUUCCCGUCACCAGCCAAAGCUACUGGCAGGUCAAUGUGGACAGUGUGAAGAUCAAUGGGCAAGUUGUUGCCUGUAGCUCUGUCUGCGAGGCUAUCUUGGAUACUGGAACCUCACUUAUGAUUGGCAGUAGUGAUGCGAUCAGCAGCAUUCUGAAACUGGUCGGGCUUUCACUGCAAUCCAAUGGAAUGUAUGCUGCCAGCUGUGAUAACCUAGAUAAGAUGCCUGACGUGGUCUUCACAAUCAAUGGAUUGGACUUCCCUAUGCCUUCGUAUGCUUACACAAUGCCGGUCAGUGGUGGGUUAUGCAAAAGUGGCUUCGGUCAUACUGGUGAUUUCUGGAUCCUGGGAGAAGUUUUCAUGAGGGAGUACUAUUCUAUCUUUGAUAGAGGCAACAACCGAGUGGGGCUAGCCAAGGCAGUGGAGUUCGCUUAACUCGUCACCUCCUGGCUUAGGCAUAAGACAGGAUUCGCAAUCGAAAAGGAGACACAAAUGACAAAUGUUUCAGUGUAGGAACACGCUUUGAAAUACUAACUAGGUGCAUUAAUUACUAUCUCGUUACACUUACCCAUGUCUUGCAUUUACUAAAUCUACUUAGCAGGAUGUUCUGCAGU